CACUGCGACCGCAGCGCCGACCCCCGCAACCGCACCGGCAUCUGCAUGGCGGUGGAAGGGGACAACUGUGUGUUCGAUGGGGUCAUUUACCGCAGUGGAGAGAAGUUCCAGCCGAGCUGCAAGUUCCAGUGCACCUGCCGGGACGGGCAGAUUGGCUGUGUGCCCCGCUGCCAGCUGGACGUGCUGCUGCCUGAGCCCCACUGCCCCACUCCCAGGAAGGUCGAGGUACCCGGAGAGUGCUGUGAAAAGUGGGUCUGCGGCCCAGAGGAGGAGGAGACCCUGGGAGGCCUGACCCUCGCAGCCUACAGGACAGAAGCCACUGUAGGAGUGGAUGUCUCUGACUCCAGUGUCAACUGCAUUGAGCAGACCACAGAGUGGACUGCAUGCUCCCAGAGCUGUGGCAUGGGAGUGUCUACCCGGGUCACCAACAGGAACCGGCAGUGUGAGAUGCUGAAGCAGACCCGGCUCUGCAUGGUGCGGCCCUGUGGACCAGAGCCCAGGCAGCCAGUGGACAAGAAAGGAAAAAAGUGUCUCCGCACCAAAAAGUCGCUCAGAGCCAUCCACCUGCAGUUCCAAAACUGCACCAGCCUACACACUUACCGGCCCCGGUUCUGCGGGGUGUGCAGCGAUGGCCGAUGCUGUACGCCCCACAACACCAAAACCAUCCAGGUGGAGUUCCAGUGCUCACCGGGGCAGACCGUCAAGAAGCCGGUGAUGGUCAUUGGGACAUGCACCUGCCACACCAACUGUCCCAAGAGCAACGAGGCCUUCCUCCAGGAUGUGGAGCUGAAGACUGGCCGAGGGAAGGCAUAAUCUACCCCCAAGAGGCACCUGUGGAGGCAGCCCAGCACCCCCCACCCCCAGAUGAGUGUGGGAAGAGUCAGGAGGAAUCAUCCUUGAGUCUGUGUAUUUUCUGUGAUCAUGUAAGGACAGUUGUAUCUGUGUUUAUGUAACUAAAAAUAUAAUUAAUUGUAAAUGUGGAAUCAAGGUAGGCUCAGAAUAUAUGCCUUAGGGAGGACUGACUUUCUUGUGGUUUUAUUACAAAUGCAAAUUUCCAUAAAUUUAGAGAAGCACAUACAUGAUUUACCCUGUAGACCACAUUACACUUGCACUCAUCUUUCUUUAUCGUGUACUAAUGCAGUUCCAAAAAAAAAUGUGAGUGCAGUGAUGUGACUGCAGUGAUUGGGAUCAUGUUGCACAGGUCGUUGCAUAAGUAUUCCACCAUAGAUCGAGGCUUGACUGUAGGACUCUCUUGGUAAGCAGGUCAGCUCUGGAUUUCCAAGCCCAAGACUUAAGGAAACAUGCAGCUCUUCAACAUGAAGCCUGGAAACUAUUACUUUUCUGUUUAGUUGUCUACUAGGAACCAUGCUGUAUCUAUAGUAAUGAUGUAUCUGUUGGGUACGCUGGUGUCAUUAGCUUUCUCCAUUUAACACAGAUUGACUCCUUUCCAACAGAAAGAAGCUAAACAGAAAAUUCCCAGUACAGGGAUGGCUGGGUCUUCAACAACCCCGCACGUUUGUGUGCUGGGAGCUCUAAGGCCCACUAGGUUUUAGGUCAGCAUGAGCAGAGCCCAGCUCAGGGGUCCUCUCAUCUUACUAACUAGGAAGCUGAGGCCCAAAGCACUUGUUUACACCCUCUGACAACUUUUAGAUGCCUUUUCAUGGAAUUUUGAAAAAGAAAAAAAUCAAUAACUGUAGUGGUGAGAGACCACAAAUUUUAUGGAAGUUUAGAAUUAUUGUAGACAUGCCCACAUCUUAUCCUUGGCCUGUAAUUAUGAAAACUAAUGAUCAAUAUAAAUGUGUAUACAUAUAUGUUAUCUAAUUUGUCAGGCUACAAUGUAGGCUGCAAAAUUAAGUCUAUACAUUCUUCUAAUGUUACCAUAUGUGUUUCACUUUUCUCCUUUACAGUAUUUAUAAAAAUAUAAAUUGUACAUUUUGUAAAAUAUUUUUAAUUUCUUUACUCAUCAGACUUUACUAAAUAAACACAA